CGGUGGCGUCAUAGGCCGCGUGCCCCUGGCGCGAGGCGGGGUGGCGCUUGCGCAGUAGCGGGCAGCGGCUGGCGUCGCCCGCGCCCCCUCCCCUCCGCCCCCCGCCGUGCCCGCGCUCCCCCCGCGCCCCCAUGCGGCGCUGAGGCGGCGGCGGCGGCGGCAGCGGGGCGGCCCCGGGGCGGCCCCGGGGCGGCGGGGCCCGCCGAGCGCCAUGGAGGGGAUGGACGUGGACCUGGACGCGGAGCUGAUGCAGAAGUUCAGCUGCCUGGGCACCACCGACAAGGACGUGCUGAUCGGCGAGUUUCAGCGGCUCCUCGGCUUCCAGCUCAGCCCCGCCGGCUGCGCCUUCUUCCUCGACAUGACCAACUGGAAUCUACAAGCCGCCAUUGGAGCCUACUAUGAUUUUGAGAGUCCAAAUAUCAAUGUACCCUCCAUGUCCUUUGUUGAAGAUGUCACCAUAGGUGAAGGAGAGUCCAUACCUCCUGAUACCCAGUUUACAAAAACAUGGAGGAUACAGAACACAGGGACAGAGGCGUGGCCCCCGGGGGUUUGUCUGAAGUAUGUCGGGGGAGACCAGUUUGGCCACGUUAACAUGGUGAUGGUCAGGUCCCUGGAGCCCCAGGAGAUUGCAGACGUCAGCGUUCAGAUGUGCAGCCCCAGCACGGCAGGAAUGUAUCAGGGACAGUGGCGAAUGUGCACGGCCACAGGACUCUAUUACGGAGAUGUCAUCUGGGUGAUCCUCAGCGUGGAAGUUGGAGGACUUCUAGGUGUAACACAGCAGCUGUCAUCCUUUGAAACGGAGUUCAACACACAGCCGCAUCGCAAGGUAGAAGGAAACUUUAACCCAUUCGCCUCUCCACAGAAGAACAGGCAACCAGAUGAAAACAACCUAAAAGACCCUGGGGGUUCCGAGCUAGGCACAAUCAGCAAAAACACAUGGGGGCCUGCUCCUGACCAAAUCGAACAAGAUCAGAAUGGACUGUCACAAAACUCUGUAAAUCUCUCCCCCAGCAGUCACUCGAACAACUUGUCGGUAGUGACAUACAGUAAGUUUACGUAAGUUAGUCAAGAGAACUCUGCGUAGUUUGGAGCAGCGCUGACUAGGAGCGGCCCAGGAGGUGACGAGGAAACGGGGACUUGUAGCGUUGUCGGAUGCUACUGUCAGUGUACACUGGGAGAGUCCUGUAUUGCUUUGCAGCUCUGCACCACAAACUCCUGUCUCUCCUGAUGUGUACCUUUUCUUGAUCUUGGCUCAGUCACAAAGGUGAAAUAAAGAUAGCUAUUUGAAAGCCUGUGUGGUGAUGGUUUAUGAAAGAUUAACUUCAUUUUAUUUCUAGCACAGGUGCCUUCACUUAAAGAGCUCAGUAUUUAUAAAAGCUUUUAACUUUCCAAAACAUCUCAAUUCCCUUCUAGAUACAGAAGUCAAAUGAUAAUUUAUGCCAAUAACUGUUGUGUAGAGCCUUUUCUUGAAAACACGUGGUCCUCUGUUCUCACAUUAUUUGUGUGUAUGAAUAGCCAGUACGCCUUCACUAGCAAGUUAGCAAUUACUUCUGUGGAAGAUAUUGGAAGAACUGAAAGUAAAUUUGCAAAGCUGCAGCUGAGCUUUUCAUAAAGACAGUGAUCUCAUUUUGAGAAUAGAAGGGAAUUCACCCAAAAUAGUGCGAAUAAUUCUUCGGUUGAAAUCACUCAGAAAAACUGCAAUUGUAUGCAGAAUUAUUUUUGCAUGUUUAUGAUGUAAAAUAUUGCAUACAAAGGAUAAUUAUUCUUAAAAAUGCCAUGUAAUGGAGUUUGGUAUUUGCAUUGAAGCAGUAACUGAAGUUUUCAGGUAUCGAGAUGCUAUUAGACUGUGCACGAUGAAUAAAUGUAAUGAGAAUGAAUUGCCCUGCAGAGCGCGUGCGUCUUAGUGAGGGAGAAAAAAGAAAGUAUUCUUAUUUCACAAAGGGUAGAAUAUCGUGCUCAGGGUCUCAUGUUAAUCCAAGUCUCUAUGCUUGAUCUUAAAGAAAAGAAACACGUGGGUUUUAAUUUUGUAUGUUCUCAUGUAUCCUAAUGAAUCUGACGGGUAAGUGAAAUGCAGUGAAGAGUGGCAAUCCAAAAAGCCGAGAUUUUGGGCUUUUUCUUCUUGGUGAAUUUGAUUGCAUCAGGAGGAGCUAAUCUUGGUGGCAGAUUUUGGGAAUGUUCUUGGAAUUGCUGGGGAGAGAAGCUUCUCUAGGGAUGGUGCUGGUUAAGUGAUGUGUAGCAAGUGGUACAAAGCUGUAUACGCUUAGUAACCUGAUGCUCUGAAGGUGAGCUAAAUUCUGGUUUUAAUUAACACAUGAUUAGCAUAAUUGUGUGGCUUUAAAUUAGAUGCUACAGAAAAUAGUAUCUGAAGAUCCAAAGGGUUUUGCUGAAAACAAGGUUAAUAGCGUCUUCCCAGGGUGUCUCUGCAGCAAAAGGACUGAUGAACUGUUCUCGUGUCUGACUGAAGCUGAAGACUCCGGACCGUGUCCUGAUUAGCUCUGCUAAUUCUUUAUGUCAUGGGGUGAUGCAGACGUUGUGGCUUAUGGUGUGCACACGUUAAAUCAACGAGGUUUCACCUGUGACGUAAACUGUAAGAUGCACGAAGGGUUCGAGGCCGGCUGCCCCAGCAGAGGGAGCCGGCAGCUGGGAGAGCUGGUGCCCAAACCACUCUCCUGAGCCUUGGGAGCGCUUGCCAGGCAGCAUCCGCACACAAAGCUGCCUCUGCAGGUAAUUGAAAGAUGAAGCAAAGCCUGGCAUGUGUGUCUGUACAGGUAAUCGGCAACAAAUCCUGUUUUUCUUCUGUAGAGCAAGAAGCACAAUAGCUUAAUCCCUCUGAGGUGAGACUGCUUAGGAUCUUGCUUCUAACAUUGCUUUCCUUCUGUGUCCUUUGGGGUUUUUUUCUGCACCUAUUCACAUUAUUUUAACGUUUCUCUUCUGCUCUUCCCCUUCCUCCUGUUUCAGUGCCUGUAUUUUUUGGAAAUGUUGAAUAUCUCAGCCUCUUGAUUUUAGUGGGAGCUUCUCCUUUCUGAGGUGAACUGUUGUGCUGGAGCCUGCAGGGUGUGAUCUUUUGAAAACCUUGCUUUACAAACCGGGAGUGCAGCAUAUUCCUAGGGUAGAAGCGUGUUUGUUUUCCCGUCACUUGCAUGUAUUUCUGUCUGCAAACAGCAAUUUCCAAGUUUCUGGUCUUCCGUACUUCCCAUGCGGUUCAUGGAUGUCCUGUUUAAUUGUCUGCUAAUCCCCCUCUCCUGGUUGAAUUUUGAGAGCUGCCGACAGGUGCUUCGUGUUGCCAUUGUCUUGUAUUUUGCUGCCUGAUAUAUCCUAAAGAAUUAACUUUUUCUUACCAGCUGUAGCAAGAUUACAGGCUUCUUAUAGUGUUUCCUUUAUAACAUAGAUAAACAACAGAGCCCUUGAACUUGGGUUUUUGCAACUGGGCUUAAGCUAAUGAGGUUUAUCCUUUCUUUAUAUGAGUCAUGUUCAAGACUCGUUGCUUCGUGGCUCUGUGGCUCAUGCAGCGAGGUUGUUAGAGUUGUAGGAAAACGUGUAGGAAACAGUAUAUUUCCUUUGAGAUUUACCCUGUUAAAGGCAAAAUGGUGAAAACCAAAGUCAGAGCUUCACUUAAAGACUGAGAAUGACUUUGUGCUAAUUGGGCCUAUGGCUGUCUUACUCAGCAGCGUGCUGGAAAGAAGCUGGACUGUGCUUAAAAGCAUUUGCAUAAUGGUCUUCUGACUUUGACAAUGUAAAAUAUUGAGCGUUUUGCCCUUGUCUCACUUCUGACCUGAGUGUGUGUCUGGAUCUCACAGGAAGAUUUUGUGUGUGGUUUGUACCUUCGUCAUUAUGACAAAUUUUAUAGCCCUAUGAGUUGGGAGAUGUCUUGCCUGCCUGUCGGUCGCUUUCUUUUGCUUCCUGAUGAAACCUUCGAUAGAUGAUUUGAACAAUAGAAAUUGCAGAAAGGAGUUCCUGUUAAUUUGAGACCUGUUACUAGAUCUGUCAUUUAGGUGACUCACUUCAGGAUGAAAAGGAGGGAAAAUGGGUUCUGUAGUAAGCGUUUUGAUUUUUUCAGUUCAAUAUGGUGGUUGAUUUUUCACUUGAGGAAAACGUAUAUUGUCAUCUUGAGAGAGCAAAAGUGGCAGUUGUGGGAACGUGGAUUUCCAAAUCUUGAUGAUUUUUUUUUUCUUAAAUAGACUCUUCUACCAGUUACAGCCGCCUCCUUUAAUAUUUGCUGUAAUCUUUACAAUAGACUUGUGAAACUGCAGUUGCUUGGCCUCGCAGGUGUUGUAGCAUCCAUAGGGGAUUUUUUGCUCUGGUGUAGAAAAUACAAGUAGCUUUGUGGCCCAGUAACACCUGGCUAUUACCUGGCCUAAAUAACACCUGAAAGAGGUAAGUGGACAGCAUCUGACAUCUCUGGGGAAACCAGCUACAAGCACCGAAACCCGCGUUGUAGGAGCGUUUCAUAAGGUUGGACAACAAAGGUCAUGUUGGUGGGUAAAGGGUUGAAUGUGGAUUCGAAGCACUGGGAUGGGGUGGUCAGUAUUUGUAGGUGUACACUGAUCAAUUUUAUUGCUUGCCUGUUGAAAUUGAUUAUGUCUCCAACUUU